UACUGUUACAUUUUUGGAUUGUAGUUCAUUUUAAAUGUUCUUUGAAGUUGCAAGUAACUUCCUAAUUCAUGCGUCUGAAUCCUCGAUGAUCUGCUGCACCGAUGGGUCGCUGUAUUUUCAUCGCUGUGUGGAUUUUUCAUGUGAUUGGUGUUCAGAAGGGGUUUAGGUCUGAGUUCUGUGCAGGCCAGUCAAGUUCAUCAACACCAGACUAGGUGAAUAAUUUCUUUAUUGACCCUCAGUGUACGAGGCUUUUAUCCAAAGCGACUUACAGUGCACUUAUUAUCGGGACAAUCCCCCCGGAGCAACCUGGAGUUAAGUGCCUUGCUCAAGGACACAAUGGUGGUGGCUGUGUGGAUCCAACCAGCAACCUUCUGAUUACCAGACAGGUCAUCGAUGUCGUAGAUGAAAUGGAUAUGGUGUCAUUGAUGGAGGGAGAUUCUGUUACUCUACACAGCAAUUUAGAAAACAAACAAGACAAUAUAAUGAUUUGGUAUUUCAAAGACACGCGCAUAGCUAAAUUCAGUGAAGGUCUCAAUAAGUCCUGUACUGAUGUGAAGUGUAAUGAAGGUGCUGAGAUGUUCACAGACAGAUUACAACUGGAUCAGACUGGAUCUCUCACCAUCACAAACCUCAGAACCAGUGACACUGGAAUUUAUAAUCUCAAGCUCAUCAAAAGCAGCAGCACAAAGAUCUUCAGUCUUACUAUAGUACAUGGUGUGCCAGAUUCUGGGAAGAAGUUUGUAUCAGUGGGAGAUUCUGUCACUCUAAACUCGAAUGUUAAUGAAAUAGAGGAACGUGAUGUGAUGACGUGGUAUUUCAAAGACACUCGUAUAGCUGAAAUGAAUGAAGAUCCCAGUAAGAGCUGUACAGAUGUGACGUGUGAUGAAGGUGCUGAGAGAUUCAGAGACAGACUGAAGAUUGACCAUCAGACUGGAGAUCUCACUAUCACAAACACCAGAACUACAGACUCUGGACAUUAUCAACUAGAGAUCAGCAGCAAUGUCAGCAGCAGUAUCAGCAGCAGGAUCAGCAGCAGGAUCAGCAGCAGGAUCAGUAGCAGACCGUCCUCAACGCAGUAUCAGCUUUAACCGCAUAAAGAUCUUCAGUGUCAAUGUCACUGGUGUUACAGAUUCGAGUCUGUCUCCAGGUGCUAUAGCAGGAAUAUGUGUUGGUGUUGUUGUUCUGACUGUCGCUGUAACUGCUGGAGGGAUUUACUAUCGCCAGAGGAAAUCUGGACAAGCAGGACAAGAGGG